AUGGAAUUAGAAAACGUCGAAACCAGUGGAGCACAUCGCGGACUGCUUGAACGAGGAAGGAGACGGUAUCAAGCGGGCCGACUCAGAUUGGAGCAUGGCCAACGUACUUGUAUUCGGGCAAGACCUGGAUACCAUUGCCCAGGGGCCGGCAUGAAACAAGAGCAGCACUGCACUCCUGGCACCUACAGCUCAGCCUCGGGUUCGACCGACUGUGAUCCAUGUCCACCUGGAGCCAUGUGCCCCCACAAUGCCGUGCAUAGCCCGCAGCUAUGUUCGCCCGGUAGAUACUCGACCGGCGGGUGGGUGAAUUGUGAAACGUGCAACCCGGGAACCUUCAACAACAUCCACGGUGCCGUGACCUGCUGCCCGUGUCCCGCGGGAUGUUUCGCUACUUCCUCUGGAAACACAAAUUGUCAACGAUGUCCCAACCAGAAACCCUACUCCAAUCCAGGAUCGCCCUCCCAUGGUCACUGUUCUUCGAUGAAGGGAUCGUAUGCUCCAGAAAGUGACUGUCAGAAGGGUGGCAAUGGAUUCUGCUCUCCGGGAACACCUUUCCUUGGCGGCAGUGGACUCCCGAGGCGACAGUUGUCCUUCAAAGACGCCUGUGAGCCCGGGUAUCAACCUUGUCCCAACUACCGAGGCACCACCUCCAUUGGUAUUGACUGCGUGGAUAUCCUCAACGAUCUCGAGUCUUGUGGUGGUUGUGUAGACUAUUCCCUAGACGGGGCUGCAGAUGGGGGAAGAGACUGCACCGCCAUACCCUUCGCAGACAGGACUCUUGUUCUGGGGGCUUAG